ACAACCGCAGCAACCAAAAUAACUUCAAAACCGUCAAAAAAGUCGAAACAAACCCCCCCGGAAAGGGCAAACGCCCUUACGCCAAGUAAAAGGAAGUUGACAAGUAUAGAAAUGGGAAAAUCAAAAAACAAAAAAGCCAAAACCCAGGGAACUGGGUCCGAAAAAGAACAAAAAGAUAACGUGACUCACACAACUGAAGAA